UGCAGCAUCAAGCUCUCCGCUCGCUACUCGCUCCUGCCUGCGACAGCACAGCAGCGGUGUGGUCGCUCCCGACACAUUAACGGAAAGAAGAAAAACACUCCACACCAACUGAAGGCCUCUGCUACACCGACAACUGCUGCAGUCACAGCGACGACGGAUACAACAAGCACUCACACAGUUGUUUUCUAAUCUUAGUCGCUGUUUUUUUAUUUUUUAUUUGACAGCCUUGUAACAGAAGAAGAAAAAAAAAAGCCAGUGCUCAUAAUGGCGACAGCUGCGGUGUCUGCCCCUGCUGGCUGCGGCCCCAGCCCCGGGUCGGGAACGGAGCUGGUCCGCGGGCAGGCCUUCGACGUCGGGCCUCGGUACAGCAACCUCUCCUACAUCGGGGAGGGAGCCUACGGGAUGGUGUGCUCUGCUUAUGACCGGGACAACAAGAUCCGUGUGGCCAUUAAGAAGAUCAGCCCUUUUGAGCACCAGACAUACUGCCAACGCACCCUGAGAGAGAUCAAAAUCCUUCUCCGCUUCAAACAUGAGAACAUCAUCAGCAUCAACGACAUCAUCCGCACACCAACGAUUGACCAGAUGAAGGACGUAUAUAUUGUCCAGGAUCUCAUGGAGACAGACCUGUACAAGCUCCUGAAGACUCAACACCUGAGCAACGACCACAUCUGCUACUUUCUCUACCAGAUCCUACGAGGGCUGAAGUACAUCCACUCUGCCAACGUCUUGCACCGCGACCUGAAGCCCUCCAACCUUCUGCUCAACACCACCUGUGAUCUCAAGAUCUGUGAUUUUGGUUUGGCUCGUGUGGCUGACCCUGACCACGAUCACACCGGUUUCCUAACAGAGUAUGUAGCCACUCGUUGGUACCGAGCACCUGAGAUCAUGCUCAACUCCAAGGGCUAUACCAAGUCCAUAGACAUUUGGUCAGUUGGUUGCAUCCUGGCUGAGAUGUUGUCCAACAGGCCCAUUUUUCCUGGGAAGCACUACUUGGAUCAGCUUAACCACAUUUUGGGGAUCCUGGGUUCUCCCUCUCAGGAGGAUCUCAACUGCAUCAUAAACAUUAAGGCCAGGAACUAUCUUUUGUCGCUGCCUCUGCGCUGCAAAGUGCCAUGGAACCGCCUGUUCCCCAACGCUGAUCCCAAAGCUUUGGACCUGUUGGACAAGAUGUUGACCUUUAACCCUCACAAGAGGAUUGAGGUGGAGGAGGCCCUGGCACACCCUUACCUGGAGCAGUAUUAUGACCCCACAGAUGAGCCUGUCGCUGAGGCCCCGUUCAAGUUUGACAUGGAGCUGGAUGACCUACCCAAAGAGACACUGAAGGAGCUCAUCUUUGAAGAAACUGCACGUUUCCAGCCUGGUUUUAGGUCCUAACAUCUCACACAGGUGAUUCUGUGGACCGGCUUCUGCGUUGCCACUGCUCCUCCUCGCCUCCACACUGUUGCUGUGAUAUAUAUAUUUUUGGGUUUUUUUUAAUUUUUCCUCUCCUGUUGUCCACAUCACCUGGAUUCCUUGGGUCUCACUCGUCAAGUCCACUUUGCUCAGGAAUGGCGUCAGGAAUCAAUCAAUCAAUCAAUCAUUCUCUUGUCUCUCUUUCUUUAAUCUCUUCUCCCUCUCUCGGAGGUGAGAGGUGAGGGGGGGGGGGGUUUCAGCAUCACAGCUUACAGUCUGGGGGGGGAGGGGUUGAUUUUGUGUUUUAAGCCAAGAUAAACAAUUUAUUUGUGUGUCUCAAAGGCGUUUGGCUCUGGCUAUUCCUAUUCAAGACCUUUUAUGUCCAGUUGAAUGACAGUGAUAGACUAGCUGUUGUAGUCUUUUUUUUGGGGGGGGGGG